AUGGUGGUCCUUGAUAAAAACCACCAGGGAUUGCCUGGGAGCAACCUGGAAGACAAAGGGCUUGACGAUUCGGGGUCAUCUAGUCGUGCGGAAGACUACUACAACGAUAGGAAGCAGACACCACCAGCAAAUGACAAUGCUCCCCUCGCCGAGCCGGAGGCCCCGCCACGGGACAUCACUGGCUGGAGGUGGUACUUAACCCUGGCGUCUAUUCUGGCAUCGACCUUCCUCUAUGCACUUGAUGCGACAGUGGUAGCCGAUCUCCAGUCAGUUAUCGUUCAGGAUCUCGGUGGUGUCACUAAGCUUUCAUGGCUCAGCGUUGCAUUCCUGUUGAGCGCGACGGCUACCAACUUAGUUUGGGGCCGUAUAUAUGGUCACUUCAAUACCAAGUGGCUUUAUAUCUUCCAUGUGACUCUCUUCGAGGUCGGCUCUGCAAUUUGCGGUGCGGCGCCCUCCAUGAACGUCAUGAUCCUGGGCCGCGCCAUUGCCGGUGUGGGUGGGUCUGGUCUGUAUGUGGGAUGUAUGACGCUCAUUGCGAUGACUACAACUAUCUCCGAGCGUCCAAUUUAUAUCUCCUGUACUGGCUUGUCAUGGGGUCUGGGGAUUGUGCUGGGUCCUGUGAUUGGCGGCGCCUUCAGCGAGUCCUCUGUGGGCUGGCGAUGGGCUUUCUAUAUCAAUCUCUUCAUCGGAGCUGUCUGUGCACCCUUCUACCUCUUCCUGAUCCCCAACAAGGAUCCUCGCCCCGGUGCUUCCAUCAAAGAGCGUUCUAUUGAGCUUGAUUACCCCGGCAUUGUGCUUCAAUGUGGAGCUUUGACUGCAUUAAUCCUGGCUAUCAACCUGGGGGGCGUCACUUACCUUUGGAACUCUGGUCGCAUUAUCGCGAUGUUUGUUGUGUCGGGAGUCUUGUUUAUUGCUCUGGGUAUCCAACAGGUCCGGACAAUUGGUGUGUCCUUAUCACGCCGCAUAAUUCCGGUGCAAUUCUUCCGAUCGAAAACUGUUCUCAUCCUCUUCGCUGCCAGCGCAUCAGGGGGCGCAUGCGCCUUCGUACCAAUUUACAUGAUUCCUCUCUUCUUCCAAUUCACGCGCAACGACGGUCCACUCGAUGCCGGUGUGCGACUCCUUCCAUUCGUGGUAGUGAUGGUGGUGUUUGUCUUUACCAACGGCAACCUUAUGGCAAGACUGGGCUACUACAUGCCCUGGUACUUGCUGGGCGGCCUGCUGAUCGUGCUCGGAUCAGCCCUCAUGUACACCGUUGAUCAAGAGACCUCACAGAGCCGAGUGUACGGCUACACCGUGCCGUUGGGUGUCGGAGUUGGCAUGUUCAUGCAGGCUUCAUUUUCAGUCGCGCAGGCCGUCGUUUCACCUGAAAACAUCGCCCCAGCCAUUGGGUUUAUCACCCUGGCGCAGUUCGUAGGCAUUACUAUGGCUCUUGCUAUUGCUAACGCCGUUCUCCUGAAUGGCUGUCUUGACAAGAUUGAGGCUAUUCUUCCCAACGUACCCUCGGCCGAUAUUCAAGCUGCCAUUCUAGGUGCCCAAUCAGACCUGGUCAAGAAUCUUUCCCCGGAACUCAAGACUCGCUUACUUGAUGCUAUCGUCAAAGCCAUUGGCAACACUUAUAUUCUAACUAUUGCCGGUGGCGCUCUUGUGGCUGUAUUGAGUCUGCUGUUGCGUCGCGAAAAGUUGUUUGGUGUACCAAGCGGCGUCCAUGCGGCGUGA